AUGGUCCUCCGGCGAGACAGGGGGUUGGUGCAGGCCACACGAACCCGCCGUAAAACACCAGUGCAGGAAGCACACGAUGCCAGCCGGACCAAUCGGCACGGAACUGGACAUCUUACGAGGUCCCACGAUUGGAAGCUCGGGACGUGGAAUUGCAGGUCUCUCAGAUUUGACGGGAGUAUCCGCAUACUCUCCGACAUAUUGAGGGUCCGCAAGUUCAGCAUCGUAGCGUUGCAGGAGGUUUGCUGGAUAGGCGCGGAAGAGGUACGAGAGUACAAAAGAUUGGGUUGUAGAAUCUACCAGAGCCGCGGCAAGAAAAAGAGGCUCGGGACAGCCUUUAUAGUGUUGGGCGAAAUGCUCGAUCGUGUGAUUGGGUGGACCCCGAUCACCGACCGAAUGUGCGUGUUGAGGGUUAAGGGCCGUUUCUUCAACAUCAGCAUCAUAAACGUGCACAGCCCGCACUCAGGAAGCGAAGAUGACGAGAAGGACGCAUUUUACGAGCAGCUGAACUGGACGUACAACAGCUGCCCAAAACAUGACGUCAAAAUCGUCAUCGGAGAUUUUAACGCUCAGGUUGGCCAGGAGGAGGAAUUCAGACCGGUGAUAGGAAAGUUCAGCGCCCACGUACGCACGAACGAAAACGGCCUGCGACUGAUCGACUUCGCCACCUCCAAAAAUAUGGCCGUACGAAGUACCUGCUUCCAGCAUAACCUCCGAGAUAAGUACACCUGGAGAUCGCCACAAGGAACGGAAUCGCAAAUCGACCACGUCGUAAUCGACGGUAGACACUUCUCCGACAUCAUCGACGUCAGGACCUAUCGCGGCGCCAACGUCGACUCGGACCACUAUCUGGUGAUGGUGAAAAUGCGCCAACGACUUUCCCUGGCGAAAAGCGUUCGGUACCGCCGCCCUCCGCGGCUGGAUCUGGAGCGGCUUAAGUUACCGGAAGUCGCAUCCCGGUACGCGCAUUCGCUGGAGGCUGCGUUGCCAGGAGGGUGA